GAAAGAUGUCAGGGCGACGCUGUGCCAGAGUCGAAAAAUGAGCAGGAAUCGUAGGCGGAGCCAUCCCGACAUUGCACCGUCUACGGAUGAAGAACAGCCCGCCGCCCCUGCCAAACAAAAUGCAAGUCGCGAGACGAGCUUACGGUCACGAUCUCUGUCAAGUUGGGGGCUCAUCUACAGGGAUAAUACUGGAAGCACUACUGACCAUGGCCAGCCACCUUCUAGGCUUGAUGUGGCCGAGGAAACAGAGGCGGGAUGCAGCUCCUCAUCGCAAACCAUCGGCAACCAGCGGAAGGAAUCUAAUGCUUCGCUCUACAAUAUGCCAAGUUCUUCUGCUCGUCGACACUUUCCCCAUAUACUUGUGGAGGCAUCGAACAAACCUCAAGGCAGGGAAAACGAUGCCAAGGUUCCCCAGAAAGGAGAUUAUCGCCCUGUUAGAAACGAUAUUACGGAGCCCAUAUCGGAAUUGCCAUAUUUGGAGUCCAAACCCACCCAGCCAUAUCUACCUAAGCGAAUUGAAGAUCCUCUGCCUCCCGUGGCAUCUGAAGAGCCCAGUUGGAAGGGAUCUCAACGGUCGAGCGUCUCACGCCUGCCAAGCUUUGUCUCGAAAUCCGAGUCGAGCUUAGAGGAGGAACGGUCCCAAGGUCUGGUCAGCGUCAGUGGGUCGGAUGAAUACGAUAAGGAGGAGCCACUUAUAACCAAGACACAGAAAUAUUAUAAGAAGAGACCCAAAUUGAUACCAAUCUACGAUGAUUCGGAAGACUCUGUGCAUGCUUCAUUCGGCCGUCAAAGGAAUAAGCCGUUGUCUCCCAAAGAAACUGCUGUCCAUUCGCCGGACACCGAUUCACCGGGAAUCUUAAGUUAUUCCACUUUGGAUAAGCGGGCAGCAAACCAACAGACACCAUCAAGCUCCGAAGAGUCACUUGGCCCAAGGUUCAACGACCAGAAUUUUGAAAAUCUGCGCGAGGGAUUGGUUUUUAUCUAUAUGGUGAUACCACCGGAUGGUGGCUACGGAUGGGUUAUCAUGUUGAUCAGCUUCUUGUGCCAGCUGAUUGUCGACGGCAUCAUCUUAACCGUCGGCACCAUCCUGCCGGACAUUGGACGGGAGUUUAAAGUCCAGGAGUCCGAAAUGGUGUUAGUGGCCAGCGUCCAGAUCGGUUGCUACUUCCUAAGCGGAGCCUUUGCCAGCAUUCUGAUCAAUAGGUUCGCUUUCCGAUCGGUGGCCAUCAGUGGAGCCAUCACAUCGAUGCUUGCCUUUGUGGCCGGCAGCUUCAGUCCGAAACUAAUCGUCCUGAUAUUGGUAUACAGUGCCAUUGGUGGCUGCGCCUUAAGCCUCAUCUGGUGCAGCUCGCAGCUGAUUGUGGCCUGCUACUUUGAGCGGUACCGUCCGUUGGCCAAUGGCUUCUCAUGCAGUGGAGCAGGAGCUGGUACCAUUUUAUUCUCGCUGCUCAACAACUAUCUGCUGCCGAUCAUCGGCUGGCGGCACAUGCUGCGGGUUCAGGCGGGCGCAAUCCUUUUGGUCAUGCUAAUGGCCAUCGCCUUCGUGGAGGUUCGCCCUGUGCAGGUGGGCGUGAUGCCUGAGAAUCCUUUCGACUCCAGCCCGGAUGAAUACUAUGGGAACUUUUACGUGCAUGACUAUUUGCGCGUAUCCCCCGACAGUACGUAUGAUUCCGGAAGCAUACUUAGCCUCUAUGAUCCGGAGAAGGACAAGAGCAAGUGCUGUCCUUGCUGGAGGAGGUGCCAACAAAGACGAAGGGAGCGCAAGGAGCAGCAGAGUCGGGAUAACGAUCACAAUAUGCUUAUCCGGACGUCAUACAUUGAGCGUGAGGAUCUCUUCUACACCGGUCCCGCUGAAUAUGAAGAUCCGCACAGCAAGGAGAAUAUCGAGGGCAGGGAGAUCACUAUCGUGGGAACGGAUAAGAAUACUCAACACGUAAACUAUGGCAUUCAGCAUAUAAACAAGGGUGACGAUAGAAGGGAUACACCUGAAGCUAUCAAAAGAAGAGCUUCAAAGAGACAACCACCGCGGAAACGCUGUGCGAACAACAAAUUCGUGGUCAUGCUGUCCCGGCUGUUUGACUAUCAUCUGUUCAAACAGUUCGAGUUCCGGAUCCUGGUGGCUGCCGCCUUCCUAUUUCCGAUGGGAUUCAACAUACCCUUUGUAUACUCCAAGGCCCGGACAACGAUUCACAGAGACUAUGCCACCUUGAUUACCCCUGCCAUUGGGCUUACCAACUUUGCUUUCCGAAUCAUCUGCGGUAUCGUGGCCUAUAAAAGACGCAACUGGACGACAAAUUUAUGCGGCGGUGGCCUGGUCUUUGGCGGCUGUUUCGUCUUCGUAAGCGCCUUCUUUGGCAAGAAUCUGGUGUGGUUUCAGUUACUCUAUGGGCUUUGUUACGGUGUUGCACCAGCUGUAUACUCCACCCUGCGGGCCAUCAUUUACGUGAAAUAUCUUGGCCUGUCCAAGCUAACCAAUGCAUUUGGUAUCACGGCUCUGGCCAUGGGCUUUGGUGUCUUUACCGGCACAACAAUUGCCGGAUUACUGGUGGGCGGUACUCGCAAUCACAUGGCGGCCUUUAUAUUUGCCGGCUUAUGCCUUAUUACCUCCGGAAUGCUGAAGCUCCUGUUGCCAACGAUGGUUAGAAUUCACUAUGGACGAGCGAGAAAAAGCCGGAAAAGCAUGUACAAACGGGCCAAGAGUACGAUCUGGUUUUAAUUAUCAAA